GAAGGGGCGGAGAUUCCUACACGUCAGAAGCGAGAGCCGGAAGUUGGCCGCGGCUCAGCGGCGGGUCGGAAUCUGUUUGGAGAGGCCUCAAGAUUUCUCCGUGUUACGGACAACUAUGGACACCCAAAAGGACGUUCAACCCCCAAAGCAGCAGCCAAUGAUAUAUAUCUGUGGAGAAUGUCACACAGAAAAUGAAAUAAAGUCAAGGGAUCCAAUCCGAUGCAGAGAAUGUGGAUACAGAAUAAUGUACAAGAAAAGGACUAAAAGAUUGGUGGUUUUUGAUGCUCGGUGAAACAUGAAAUUCAGAGGAAUAUCUUCAUUUGUAUUUGGAUUUGUUGUUAAUGUUGUAUAGUUUUUGAUUAGUGUACUUUAUGAAUACAAUUAUAUACACAUGAUUUCAUUUUAAAAAACCAUAUUGUAUUUAGAUACCUAUUAAUAGCUUAUAUAAAGAUAUUAUUUUUUGUUCAGUUACAUGGUUUGUAUUUUAAUUUUAUUGUAUAUGUAAUCUGACACUCAAUGGAGGUUAAAAAUGUUUCCCAAACUACACUUUAAUCAAAACCUGGAAUCAUCUGGGACCCUUGUUAAAAAUGAAGUUUUCUAGGGCUCUUUAAAGGUCUGAUUAAGUAAGUUCUUAGGAAGCCUCUGUUUUACAUCACCAAUUGUUUGUAAACUCUCCAGCAUCAUUUUGUAUAGAGUAUUCCAAUGCACUUACUGUCAAUGUGCAUACCUUAUUUUGAGUUACAGUUUUCAUUUGUUAACUUGGCAUAGGCCUUUCUGUAUUUAUAUGUAAUGGUUGACUUUUUAAAAUCUUGGGCAAGGGAAAAGAAACUUUGAUGGUUGCUUUCUGUAAGGCAAAAUCAAUCCCAAGUAAAGUGGAUGAAGCAGACUGUUAAGGCAGGUGUGGUGUCCCAGUUGUAAUUAUUCAUUAAAGUAAAAAAAAAAUUCUACUUUCAGCAUAUUAAAAAAAAAGUUGGUUUACA